UGCGUCAAAGAAAAAAGGAGGUUGAGUAAUGUUCACUCCAAACGUCUUUCGUCUGUAUUUGUCAAAGCUCCCUUCUUUUCCCACAUUAUAAAGAUCCCUCACUUUCUCUUCUCCCAUACCCACCCACCUUCUUCAUCUUCUUCUUCUUCUUCCUGUUUUCAGUAUCUUAAAACAGUAACAAUUUAUAAUGAACAAGCUUAAUUUCAUCAAAAAUGGUGUCUCAAUAAGACUACCACCUGGUUUCCGUUUUCAUCCAACAGAUGAAGAACUCAUUGUUCAAUAUCUAAAGAAAAAAGUCCACUCUUUCCCAUUACCAGCUUCAAUUAUACCCGAAUUCGACAUCUGUAAAUCUGAUCCUUGGGAUUUACCAGGUGAUUCUGAACAAGAGAGGUACUUCUUCAGUACUAAGGAAUCAAAAUACCCAAAUGGAAACAGGUCAAAUCGGGCAACGUUUUCCGGUUACUGGAAAGCUACCGGAAUCGAUAAAAGGAUUGUUGUUUCAAAUGGAAAUCAGUUAGUGGGUAUGAAGAAAACCCUUGUUUUUUACAGAGGAAAACCUCCGAAUGGGUCUAAAACCGAUUGGAUCAUGCAUGAAUAUCGGCUAGCUACUUCCGCCGUCAAACCAUUGGAGAGCUCAAAAGGAGAUGUUACUGCUGCAAUGGAGAAUUGGGUUUUAUGCAGGGUAUUUCUGAAGAAGAAUAAGAAAGGUAGCAAGAAUGAGGAAGUUAUUAAUGAAGAGAAAUCAGUAAUUGUACCAAAGUUUUUCGAUUUCAUGGCUGCAAAGGAAUUAAGAACCGAUCUGAAAAUCGCCCCUGUUUCUUCUUGUUCUGAUUCGAGUGGGAUAACAGAGGAAUUUCCUACUACCCAUGAACAAGAUGAUCAUGAGGAAAGCAGUACUUUUCUACCGUUUAAGAGCAAAUCUUAGCAUGGGGGUCGGCCAUUAAUUACAAUCUUGAGUUUUAGGGUUCUUAUGUUAACCUUCGUUUUGAUUAUCCAGUUUAUGUGUAUUUUUCUCUCUCUAUAAAGGGAGGGUAUUAUGGGAAUAACAUGAGAUCAUCAGUGACGGUUCAAAAUCAAUUGAGGAUCCUUUAGGGACAUCCAAGCAAAAAAUUGGGGGCAAUUAUGUAAUUUUACGGUUCAUGAUGAAAUUAUUAUUUAUAUAGUUUUAUUUUCAGUUUAAA